AGCCGCCGACGUCAGCAGCCGAAUGGCAACAUUGUGGCGAUGCUGAGGUGCAGAGUUUAGGAGACGCGUCAGUCCGUCGGGCCGGGUCUGAGCGGUCGGAAAAAGCCGGAGGAGAAGGAGGGGCCGGGGAGAUCGGCCCCGGGGAGCGGCGGAGACGCGAACACUGCCGGCCCCGACCGCUGACCGGCCUGCCGGGCCCCCAGGACCCACGCCUCACCUCCAGCGCGCCGCAGACGCAGCCCCGCGGCCUGGCUCGGGGCUCGCCGGGCGCAGCCGCGCGGGGGGCGGCUGGGGCUGGCGCGAGGCGCUACCGCUCCGCGGGGCUUGUAAACAGAUCCGGCCGCACGUGACCAUGUGAACUACCUGCUCCGGGGACACGUAUUGUCUUUCCCGCGAGCCGCGCCACAAAGGAGAGCGGCGGGUCUGAGCGCAGAGGGACGGGCAGCGAGCGGGAAGAGCCAGCCGGCGCGUUAAGAUGGCUGAAGGCGCCCGGCGAGGGUGAGCGGGGGGCGCGGCGCAGCCAGCCGGUGAGUCUUUGGGCAGUAGGGCCGGCGGCGUCUCCCCCGCGGUCCGGCGCCGGAGCCACCAUGUCGUUCGCGCUGGAGGAGACGCUCGAGUCGGACUGGGUGGCCGUGCGGCCCCAUGUGUUCGACGAGCGCGAGAAGCACAAGUUCGUCUUCAUUGUGGCCUGGAACGAGAUUGAGGGCAAGUUUGCCAUAACCUGCCACAACCGGACGGCCCAGAGGCAAAGGAGCGGCUCCCGGGAGCAGGCGGGGGCGCGAGGGGAUCCCGAGGCCGGGAGCUCCGCAUCCGAUGGGCCCCGCGGUCCAGGCAGCCCGGUGGGCAAGGGCCGGCCCGAGGCUGCCGCCUCUGCCACUCUGGGGAGGAGCCCUGGGCCCCGGAGGAUCCCUGCUCGUGCGGAGGGCGGCUCUCCGAGGAGCGCGCGCAGCCUUCGGGGGGAUCCACUGCUGCGGAGUCCAGCCAGCAAAGGGGCGGAGAGUCCUCUCAGGAGCCCAGUGAAAGCCAAGUCCAGCCCGGUCCGGAGGGGAUCUGAAGCCAGAGAUGUGGCGGGGACCGCCACUGCGGCAGCCCCUGCGGCGCCCGGCGAGGCCUCCGUGUCCUCGGUGCGGGUGGUAAGUGACUCCGGGGCGGCCUCCGAAGAGAUCGAGGUGCUGGAAAUAGUGAAGGAGGACGAGGCGGCCUUGGCGCCCCUGGCGCUCUCGGACGCGGGGCAGCAGUCGCCCGCCGCCGAGCUGGAGUCCCCCGCCGAGGAGUGCAGCUGGGCCGGGCUCUUCUCCUUCCAGGAUUUGCGCGCCGUGCACCAGCAGCUCUGCUCGGUGAACUCUCAGCUGGAGCCGUGCCUGCCGGUGUUCCCCGAGGAGCCCUCGGGCAUGUGGACGGUGUUGUUCGGGGGCGCCCCAGAGAUGACGGAGCAGGAGAUUGACGCUCUGUGUUACCAGCUCCAAGUCUACCUGGGCCACGGCCUGGACACCUGCGGCUGGAAAAUCCUCUCCCAAGUACUCUUCACGGAAACUGACGACCCCGAGGAGUAUUACGAAAGCCUCAGCGAGCUGCGACAGAAGGGCUACGAAGAAGUGCUUCAGCGGGCCAGGAAGCGCAUCCAGGAGCUCUUGGAUAAGCACAAGAAUACAGAGAGCAUGGUGGAACUUCUGGACUUGUAUCAGAUGGAGGAUGAAGCCUACAGCAGCCUUGCAGAAGCCACAACUGAACUCUAUCAGUAUUUACUACAGCCAUUUCGAGACAUGAGAGAACUUGCCAUGCUACGAAGACAGCAGAUCAAGAUUUCCAUGGAGAAUGAUUAUCUGGGUCCCCGAAGAAUUGAGAGCCUACAAAAAGAAGAUGCUGAUUGGCAGCGGAAAGCUCACAUGGCUGUACUUUCUAUUCAAGAUCUUACUGUGAAAUAUUUUGAAAUAACAGCUAAAGCUCAAAAAGCUGUGUACGAUCGAAUGCGAGCAGAUCAGAAGAAAUUUGGUAAAGCGUCAUGGGCAGCAGCUGCUGAACGUAUGGAAAAACUCCAGUAUGCGGUUUCUAAGGAGACUUUGCAGAUGAUGAGAGCUAAAGAAAUCUGUCUGGAACAGAGGAAACACGCACUAAAAGAAGAGAUGCAGAGUUUACAGGGUGGUACAGAAGCCAUAGCCCGGCUGGAUCGGUUAGAGGCUGAUUACUAUGACCUGCAACUUCAGUUGUAUGAGGUACAGUUUGAAAUCUUGAAGUGUGAGGAGUUACUAUUGACAGCACAACUGGAAAGCAUCAAAAGACUUGUAUCAGAAAAGAGAGAUGAAGUGGUAUACUAUGACACUUACGAAAGCAUGGAGGCCAUGCUAGAGAAGGAGGAGAUGGCAGCAUCUGUGCAUUUACAGAGAGAAGAGCUGCAGAAACUACAGCAGAAAGCACGCCAGCUGGAAGCGAGACGUGGACGGGUUUCAGCCAAGAAAGCCUACCUCAGAAACAAAAAGGAAAUUUGUAUUGCAAAGCAUGAUGAAAAAUUCCAACAACGCCUUCGAAGUGAAGAUGAAUACAGAACCCAUCACACAGUACAACUAAAGAGAGAAAAAUUACAUGAUGAAGAAGAAAGGAAAAGUGCCUGGGUUAGCCAAGAAAGACAGAAAACACUGGAUAGACUUCGAACAUUUAAACAGAGGUACCCGGGGCAAGUCAUACUUAAAUCAACCAGAUUGCGACUGGCUCACACAAGAAGAAAAAGCACAGCAAGUCCAGUGCCCUGUGAGGAUCCGUGUGACUCUCUACCAGGAACACUACAGGUAGAAGAGAAAACUGAAGAGGUAGAGAAAGGAAGAGGUAAUCUUGGGUCAUCACAGACAACAGAACCCCAGAGCCUUGCACAACUUGAAGAUACUUCAUUAGCACAACUUGAAGCUACUUCAUUACCUCUCAGUGGUGUUACCUCUGAACUGCCUCCCACUGUAUCUCUCCCAUUUUUGACUAAUAAUGACUUUGAACCAGGUUCUCUUACCAUAGAUCCACUCCCACCACCUCUUCCUCCAACACCACCUCCCCCGCCACCACCUCCUCCCCCUCCCCCACCACCACCACCUCUGCCUGUCACUAAGGACAGUGCCCCAGAGACACUGGAGAAAGGUCUGCCUAGAGUGGAGGGGAACGAGAACAAGAUCCCAAAGUCUGCAAGCGUCCCCUCUGCACACCUCUUUGACAGCAGCCAGCUGGUCAGUGCCAGGAAGAAGCUCAAAAAGACCACUGAAGGUUUGCAGAGGAGGAGAGUGAGCUCACCCAUGGAUGAGGUGCUAGCUUCCUUGAAGCGUGGUAGCUUUCAUCUGAAAAAGGUUGAACAGCGAACUCUACCUCCUUUUCCUGAUGAAGAUGAUAGUAAUAAUAUCUUGGCACAAAUAAGAAAAGGGGUAAAAUUGAAGAAGGUACAAAAGGAAGUUUUGAGAGAAUCCUUCACACUUCUGCCCGAUACGGACCCUCUAACACGGAGCAUCCAUGAAGCUCUUAGAAGAAUUAAGGAAGCAUCCCCCGAGUCAGAAGAUGAUGAGGAGGCUUUGCCUUGCACAGACUGGGAAAACUAACAAGUGACUUAAUAAAAGAAGAAAAAUACCUACAGCUGAAGAUCAGUCCUUAUACUUUUGGAGAACAACACUUUAAUCACUUGGUUCCACAACUGGAUUCCAUUGGAUCAAUGGAAUUGUAUUGGCUCAGUGAUGUGAAAAAAAAAAAAAGAGGCACAAUGGGCAGGUUAUCACUUUUCCAGUCAUUCCAGUAGAUAGUGGUUAACAUGAGUUUUAGAUGUGCAAUGUUCCUGACUGCAAUGAAGAAAGGCCUUCUGGAGAUUCCUGGUUUUUAAGCACCUUUCCCCUUCCUCCCUUCACCCCCACUUACAUCCUAGUAGUGGCCAGUUAACCUAGGGGGGUCGCUGUGGAUUGGAAGAACACUGGGUUGACAGAGAUCUACUGUGAGCUGUAUUGGGACUGCUUUGAGAUCCAUCUUUCAGUGCACUGAAAAGUCAUCUGAAAAAUACAGAGCUUCUUCCAUAUCAGCUUAUAUAAAUAGUACGACACUCUGAAAAAGAAGUUUAUCAUGAUAGCUAUAGGACAGGAAUUGAAAGAAAAUCAGAUGGAAAUGCACUUAAAAUUUCCACAUUACUUAUCUCCAAAGGAAUUUUCGUAAAGAUGUUCAACAACAUCUGAAAAGAUAACAUAACCAUGGAGAUACACCUGUUAAUGUGUUUACCACAACAUGAUACAUUUAACAUGGCAUAUUUUUAGAAGGCCAUAUAGUCUUACACUUUGUAAGGUUUUGAAGUAAAAAUUUCCAUGCUUUUAAAUAGUUCUUCAUAAUUCUGAAUUUAUAAUAGUUUGAAUUGUAUGUGUAUCUUUGUUUAUGAGAAGCAAUACUUUGUAAUUUGAUAUUUCAAAUUAUUUUUAGUCUUUUUGUUUCAACUAUUGAUGACUAUAACUCACUUGACUUUCCUAUUGAGAAUCAAAAUGAGGACUCAGUGGUAGGAAUGCAGGCCUUAAGUCUGUUUAUCAGGCACCACAGUGGGAGGAAGUGUGCUUCACAAAGACACCGAAAGCAGACAGGCAGGAAUGCCCCCUUGGCUGACAUUCCGCUAUCUGCAGAUGCUUUGAGUGGAAUUUUGCAAGACAGUCUUUAUUAUGGUCACUAAAUUUUUAAAAAUACAUACGUAGUUUAGGUGCUAGCUUUGCUAAUGGAGUCCUAAAGGAUACAUCUGUAUAUGAAUUGAGGCAUUGAGAAUUUUCAGCAGGACAGUUGUGGGCAUGAAUGCAGGUAGCCAUGUUGAACCCAGUUUACAGUACUCUGUGGAGUGUAAUUCUGCAUAAGGUAGAUCUUGGUCUUUUCCUAGAGGGAAUUUAGGACUGAAGUACCAAAAAGAACUUUAUUUCUUAUAAGGCAGUUCGCUAGCCUAGACCCAGAAAGCAGUACUGGGCUAAAAGCCUUCCAGUGUUGUGUGCAUUGGUGUACUUGGAGGAAAAAGAAAUGUGGACACUCUUGUCAUUUUUAAAUGCUAUUUCCUGUAAAAGAAGUAUGAAGAAAAAUUUCUGGUAACAAGAUAUAUAAAGCAAAAUCUUUUCCGCUUAAAUGUUGGUAAGAUGUUUAUCGUUGAGACUAGGGGCUUUUGCACAGCAUCUCCACAAUACGUUGGUUUUACUCCCAGCAUUAUUUCCAAGGCUAUACAUCUUGUCUGGGAGGAUAAGAAAGACAGAUCUAAUACAUAAACUUCAUCUUUAUCCCGGGAGAUCUGGUGGGGGAGAUGAAUAUUUUUUUCUAUACACCUUCACAUAAAGCAUUAAAACAUGUUUUUAACCCAAAGAAUGAUUGGUAUUAAUGUUAGUAUAUUUGAAAUUUUUUUUGUAAAUUGGCAAACCUUUAAAAAAUAAUGUAUUAGUAUUAAUUUUAUGCCUUUGGAUGCUUGCUCAUAACCUAGCUUUUCCAUUUUUUAAAGUUUAGAAAAAUAAAAGAGGAUCUAGUGUUAAAGUAACAGCAAAAACACUGGAACAUACAUGCACUGAGAGGGAAUUGCUACCCCAUUUAAUGUCAUGCCUGGGAUUCCAUUAUAAGACAGACUUAGAAAACAGAGCUGUGGUCUGCUGUCCCGAACCAUGUUGUAAUAAGGCUCUAGCAAAUAAUGGAGCGUGUACAGAACUCCAUUAGGCCUUGCAGGGUUGCAGCCACAAGUCUCAACAUGCCCUGUCACAGCACUGCAUGGGGAUUACCUGGUAUCUGAAGAUAAGUAGGGUAAAGCAAAGCCUUGUUGGCAGUAGCCUGUGCUUAUUCUCUGGCAAAUAACUUUGUGCAACACAGCCAUUUCCCUGCCUUGAGAUUCAGGUUCCUGCUUCCACAAAAUUACAAAUUACUGCAGGUCAUAAACCUCUGGGGUUACUCACAAAUAAUUUUCAAGUAACAAGGGUGACUUCAACAUCAAGAUGUGAUUACCAACUGAACCCUCAUGUUUACUUUAAAGCAGUUUCAGAGCCCUAUAAAAAUUAUGUAAGCAUGGUAAAAUUUCCCUAUUUUCUUCCCCCUAAUAAAAUGAAGGCCUUUGGCUUUAGUAUUAAAUUUAUAUACAUUUAGUUAUGAUGGUACUUACAGAUAUCAUGUUUCCAUUUUCAGACUUGCCUGUACUUUUGUAUGGCUCAAAGGCUUUGACAGUUAAUGUUGGUGUUAAUGUAUCAUUUCUGUAUUAAGAAUCCACAAACAGCUGCUUGCUUGUGCUGAAUCAAUUUAGAAGUUAAUUUACCAAUCUAGUCUCAACUGCAGUAUAUUUAAAAUAGGAAAACAAGUAGAUGUGGGGAUGUUUUGGGAUUAAUGUCACUGCUCAUUUGAAUGUCAAUUUCAAAUAUUUCUCUGACAAAAGCAACCAAAAUUAUGUACAUAUAACCGAUGGAGCAUGUAUACAAGGUGUCCCUAACGAUGGCAAAUCCUCCUGGCUCUGUAGUGCAGCAGUAUGAGAAAUCGCCUGACCACAGAGGAGUUUUAAAGGAUGGACAGUUAUCUUGCUUAUUUCACAUAUAUUUGUAGGUUUAUUGAGUUUGUGAGCAGCAUAAAAACAACCAUUCCUUAGUUAUUUCUUCAUUGUGGGACUGAAACAUUUCUAUAAAAUGAAUUUUUUUAAGAGACUUUUAGACCCAGCUGUAACUUUUGGUGAGGUGUAGUAUUUGAACAGUGGGGCUUUCUCAUUACAUGAAAUCAUAGAAAAUUCUCAGCACUUUGCAUUUACUCUGUAUGGGGCGGGGGCGGGGGGGCGGAUUUCUUCUUUCUUUGAAGCAGCUUUAGCCAUAAAAUGGGUUAAAUUGUAAAGCAUACUUUCACCAUACAAACACAAAGAAAACUCUUUAUGGAAGAAAACCAGUAGAAGAAAAAUUAAUGGGCAAUCCUCUCUAUCUGGAAUGGGAUCAAUGUACAAUUAAUGUAAUUUAAUUUUAUACAUUCCCUAAAAAUCCAUUUUUUAAUUAUAUUCAUUGUGAGUGUAUAAAUUUAAGUCAGUACUGUUAGCCUAAGGAAAGCUUUUUUUUUUUUUUACCAGGUACAGUGUUGGGGUGUGUGUGUGUUUAAGCUGUUUAAUUUAAAUAUUAUACACUUAACAUCAGAUACCAAUUUGUAAAGGCCCUAUUGGGGUAGAAAUUUCAUACACUUUACCAGGUUAUUUGUAAAAAAAAAAAAAAAAAAUCCUUUUGCCUUUGAAA